AUGACCACGACCGCUCCGUCUUCGGCCACGACGGCCGCUCCCUUCAAGUUUGGAUCCUUCGAUUGGGUCUGUGAAAGAGCCCAACUUACUGUAUGCCCGCUGCUCGGCAGCUCGACCGGCAUUGCCCCUACGUGCUAUGCCCGAAAUGUCCAGCUCGGAACCCAGAUCGUCUUCCAGCCUGUGCACAUUGCGGCGCUGGCGAUGACUCUGAUUAUGCUCUUCCACGUCCGAUCUAAAUACACGGCCGUGGGCCGCAAGGAGAUCGUCCUAUUCUUCUACAUUUACAUGUUUGUCGAACUCCUCGGCGCCUUCCUUGACUCCUCCGUCAUCCCGACCUCGAACGUUGUAUACCCCUGGUUCACGGCUAUUUACGCGGGCGCUAUCGGCGCUCUGUACUGGUGCCUGCUCGUCAACGGUUUCGUUGGCUUCCAGCUCUACGAGGACGGAACUCCCAUGAGCCUUUGGGGAUGGGGAACGCUCAACUACCAGAACACGAUGGGACUCUUCAUCACCUACCUCGUGUACCCCCUCAUCGUCGUCGUCAUCUACAUUGUAUCCCAGUUUAUCCUGGUUAUCCGCACCCUCGACGACCGAUGGGUCAUCGGCGACCUCCUGUUCGGCAUCGGCUUCUACGUCGUAGGCUGCAUCCUGCUCCUCGCCUUCAGCACAACCAUCUGCGACGCCAUCUCCCACUACCUCGACGGUGUCUUCUUCUUCACUCUUUGCAUGCUGUUCACCGUCAUGAUGGAGGAUCUCGAGUUCUCGGUCGGCUCCAAGGUUGCGGUCUGGGAGGUCAAGGACCCCCUCCUCUCCGGCGACGACUCCCAGUCGGCGUACCGCGGCGCCGGCGGCUCGCUCGUCGGCGGCUACGGUGGCAACGCCUACUACCAGGGCGGCUACUCCAAGUCUUCCUCCUCUUACGACCAGUUUAACGGCCAGGAGUACAACUCACAUUACUAG